AUGUAUCAAUAUUUAGAAUACGAAGACCUUCCACAUGAAGUAGUUUUGUCCAUACAGCGCGUUUUGCACAUCAGUUCUGAGCAGCAUGACGAUCCUCUUGACGUCCUUUCAAAUGACUUCAACCCUGUGGAUAUAUUGAACGAGUAUUUUCCAGAUGAAGCUUCGUUAGGGCAGAUAGAGGCAGUCCGCUCACGCCUCGCGCAGAAUGAGCGCGACCUUCAACACGAAAUCGACUCUCUACAAGCAGAGCUGAAGCAGGAUCAGGACCCAAGUAGGAUGCAGAAAAUUCAGGAAAUGAUAUCUGACCUCUUAGGUCAAAUGUCGCGUAUCCGUGAGAAGGCGACAGAAUCAGAAGCAGUCGUCAGAAACAUCACGAAGGACAUUCAAGUACUCGACCUUGCAAAGAGAAACCUCAUCUUGAGUAUGACGACCUUGAAACGCUUGCAAAUGUUAGUUAAUGCUAUUACGCAGCUCGAGGAUCACAUUGCAGAGAAGCGAUAUGAUGAGGUGGCACAGACGCUUUCAGCUGUAAAGCAGAUUUCUGCUACGUUCAAGCCCUACACGUCUAUUCAUCGCAUAUCGCAAGUAUGGAAGAGAAUACAAGAACUGCAAGGCGAAAUCCGAGCUCAGCUUGAUGUUGAUUUCGAUGCAUUCUACCUUCAAAAUUCUUCAAAACCUGUCAAACCGGCUGUGAUUGCUGAUGCGUGUGCUGUCGUAGACGUUCUAGGCUCAGACGUCCGCAUUCAUUACAUAGACCGCUAUGUAGCGCUAGAACUCAAAGAAUAUCGCAGAAUAUUCCGCGCGACAGAUGAGGCUGGUCAUUUAGACAAUAUCUCAAGGAGGUUCGCGUGGUUCAGAAGGUUGUUACAAACCCAUGAAAUUGAACAGGGUCGUGUUUUCCCCUCGGAGUGGAGGGCCGGUUGGCACUUGUGUGCCAUGUUUACCGAAAUUACGAGAGAUGACAUGUCUGUGCUGUUAUCGAAAACGGGCUCUUCCCUCACCGUCAAGCUUUUACUGGACACAAUGCAUCAGACUAUAGAGUUUGAAUCUUCGAUGGCGAAGAAAUGGGCUACUCCGUUUGAGGAUAUACUUAAGGCUACUUCCUCUAUUUCCUCCCGUUCACCAAAGUCUAUAUCUUCCGCCUUCGAACCCCACUUGGGUGUAUUUGUAGAUGCCCAAGACAAAGCUCUCUCUGACAUGUUGGCGCCACAUCGAAAACCAUCCACAGCCAAGGUGGUUUCAUCUACCGACGCGACACCAAGGUCAUCCGUUGAUGCAGGAGAAAAUAAUCCAGCUCCUAUAGUAGUACUUCCAUCAUCGACAGAACUCUUCUAUUUCUAUGGUCAGACCUUGGAGCAGUGUGCAAAGUUGUCCACGGGCCAAGCUCUCUUUGAUCUCUGUUCGUUGCACAAGAAAUGGCUUCGAAUAUACGCUGAGGAUGUGUUAAUGUCACGUUUGAAGCGUCAUCCGAGUCUGGCUCGUAGGUCUGCAGAUACGCGAUAUGAUAUAGCAGAGUUGAACCAAGCAUGUCUGUUGAUCAAUACCGCUAAUUAUUGCCAAACGACUGCUGUAGAGCUCGAGGAAAAAAUCAAAGAGAAGAUCAAUGAAAAUUAUAAGGAGAAGAUUACGCUUCAGAAUGAGUGCGAUCUCUAUGUCAGUGUUAUAUCGACCGCCAUACUUGUUCAGCUGAGAGAACUGGACUCGGCAUGCGAACCUGCUUUCGGGGUUAUGGCACGAACAUCUUGGAGUAGCUUGAAUCAAGUCAGCGGGCACUCCAGUUACGUAGAUGAAGUUGUAAAGGUGACACAGCAGGUGACAGAAUUAAUUGCACCGCUGAUCGAGCAGAAAAAAUACCUGCGUAACCUUUUUGACAAGGCUUCGAGUCUUAUUCUGACGAAAUUCACGAAUGCUUUGGUUAAAAGCCGACCUCUCAAGGAAAUUGGUGCAGAGCAGCUACUUAUAGACCUACAGCUGAUCAAAACUUGUUUAAUGAAGUUACCAGAUUCUCUUUCGACAUCCAGUUAUACGCGUAGCUUGACGAAAAGUACGACGAGGCUCGAAGCGUUGCUUAAGGUCAUAGUAACACCAGUGGACCCUCCAGAGGGCUUUAUCCUGAACUAUACGCUGCUCAUUGGCGAUGCAUCCUUUUCAAACUUCCAGAAGAUUCUAGACUUGAAAGGAACAUCCAAGGCCGACCAGAAUAACCUGCUCGACUAUUUCCUUACUAUCACGAGUACCAAAACAGAAUUAGAGAGCACAUCUUUCCUUUCCUCGCUAGACAUGGAUCCUCCUACGACUGCUCAAUUCGGUGUCCUCACAAGUCCUGGUUCGAGCCGCAUCUCACUCCCACUCGCGAACACUCCUGCACCUGCUACCGGGGCGGCGGAAGGCAUAUUUGCGGCGAUGGUGUCGCCACCAGUCAGUGGGCCGCCUACAGGCUCCAGUACAGAUGGGCACAUUGGCAAGGGUAAUGAAGCACAGAAACGCGAGGUGUUUUCGGAUAUUCGGCGUUUUGUCAGUUUUGGACUGAGAAGAGAUACUGCGACGUAG